AUGGUCUUCUACUUUACAUCGUCCGUCGUGGACCCUUCGGCUUAUGUCUAUGUCGGCAAGGACAAAUUCGAGAACGAAGAGUUGAUUAAAUUUGGCUGGGAAGAAGAUGUCUGGUUCCACGCCGACAAGCUGUCAAGCGCCCACAUCUACCUGCGCCUCCGCGAGGGCGAAACUUGGGACGCCAUCCCGGAGCCUUUAGUGACGGACCUGGCGCAGCUAACCAAGGCCAACUCGAUCGAGGGCAACAAGAAGGACAACGUGACCAUUAUCUACACGCCGUGGUCGAACCUGAAAAAGGACGGCAGCAUGGCCGUGGGGCAGGUCAGCUUCAAGGACCCGCGCAAGGUGAAGCGGGUACUGGUGCCCCAGCGCGAGAACGCCAUCAUCAACCGCCUCAACAAGACCAAGGUCGAGAAGCACCCGGAUCUGCAGCAGGAGCGAGAGCACCGCCAGCGCGAGCUGAGGAAGCGGGAUCGCGCGACGCAGUUGGCGAGGAAGAAGGAGGAGGAGCAGAAGGCCAAGGAGUAUCAGGAGAAGAAGUGGCAGAAGGACCAUGCGUAUGAUGAUUUGUUCACUGAAGAGAACAUGGCGGCGUCGAGUAAUCAGGAUCGUGGUUCUGACUGGGAGGAUGACUUCAUGUAG